AAGACUGUGCUUCAAAAUGUAAAGACUUCCAACCUGAUUCUCCCAUAUUGCGUUUCUCUUCUUCAUAAUUCAGUUUUAACGGAACCCCCACAACUCAGCUAGUUCCCAUCCCGUUGGAAUGAAUUCUGAAAAAUGAGAAUUUAGAAAUGAACUCUAUACUAAAACGAGAAUAUGAUCCAAAGUUAUCAGUCUUUGGCAACAGAUUGAUUUCAUUUGUCAGAGCUCCUCAAACCCAUACAAUUUCCUCAGACCAAAAUUCUGAAAACUCCGCUACAUCCCACCUGUCUCGCUCCUUCCAAGAACGCGACAAGUCAGCAUUCUUGGCCCUAUCUGAAACCAAAAUCCUGCAUGGUCGUUUCCUCAGAACAGAAACUUCGGUUAAGAACUAUUCAGCUGUCAAAUCUUUACUGGAUGGGUACUAUAAAUGUUCAAGAAUGGACUACGCAGUUAAGUUGUUCGAUAGAAUGGCUAUCCCAUAUACGUUUUGCUGGAACCAGAUGAUUUCGGGUUGUAACAGGGCGCUGUUGUUCAGAGUUUCAUGGGAAUAUUUUUGUAGCAUGCACGCAUCAGCCGUAUGUAUGGAUAGGUUUACAUAUGGAGGAGCUCUUUCUGCUGGCGAAGCUUUAGAAUCUGUGGUGUGCGGCGAACAGGUUUAUGGUCUCGUAAUGAAAAAUGGGUUCUUUUCUAAUGGUUAUGUAAGGUCUGGGAUGAUAGGUUUGUUUGUUAAGAGUUGUAGGUUUGAUAAUGCUUUAAGGGUGUUUUAUGAUUUUCAAUGUGAUAAUAUCGUUUGUUGGAAUACAAUUAUAUCCGGAGCUGUUAAACAUAAAAAAUAUUGGAAUGCUGUAGAUAUGUUUAUUCAAAUGUGUUAUGGGCAUUUGAUGCCAAAUGGUGUAACUAUCUCAACUGUGUUAAAAGCUUGUGCUGCAGUUAAGGAGUUUGAGAUGGGGAAGAUGGUCCAAGUAUGGGCAACUAAAUGUGGUUAUGACAAUGAUGUAUUUGUGCAGACUGCUUUGGUUGAUAUGUAUGCCAAAGGAGGGUAUAUGAAUGAGGCUGUAAAGGAAUUCACAAAGAAGCCAGUUCAAAGUGUUGUUUCUUGGACAGCUUUGAUAAAUGGUUUUGUUCAGAGUGGAGAUUAUGUUUCCGCAUUUCAAUUAUUUGAUGAAAUGAGGCAGAAGGAGGUUGAAAUAAAUGACUUUACCAUUUCCUGUGUGCUUACAGCUUGUGCUGAGCCAGUGAUGAGUGUAGAAGCAAUGCAAAUCCAUUCCUGGAUUUUUAAAGCUGGAUUUUAUCAGGACUCACUGGUUAUGAUCGCUUUGAUCAGUAUGUAUUCCAAGAUUGGGGAAUAUGGUUCAUCUGAAAUGGUCUUUGCAGAGACUGAAGAUCUCAAGCACCUUGGUGUAUGGGCUAAUAUGAUUUCUGCCUGUUUGCUAGGCUGCAGUUCCUCUAAGGCAAUUCAUUUAUUUCAGAGAAUGUUUCAUGAGGGGGUCAAACCAGAUGAAUUUUGUUGUUCUAGUGUGUUGGGUGUUGUAAACUCUCUAGAUCUAGGUAGGCAGAUUCAUUGCUACACCCUUAAAAUUGGAUUAUUCAGUGAUGUUAUUUUGAGUAGCUGUCUCUUUGCAAUGUAUUCCAAUUGUUUUAGCUUGCUGGAAGCUUACACAAUUUUUGAGCUUAUUGAGUGCAAAGAUUCUGUCUCUUGGGCAUCAAUGAUUUCUGGUUUUGCACAUCAUGGGUAUGCAGAUGAAUCAAUCAAGUUGUUUAGAGAGAUGCUCUCUGAAAAUUUAAUGACUGAUGAAAAGACAUUAAGCUCUGUCUUAUCUGCAUGCUCCACUCUUCAGUGUCUGAAGAUUGGUAAAGAAGUGCAUGGUUUUAUUCUUCGAUGCAGAAUAGGUGAGUUUGCUAUUGUAGGGAGUGCACUGGUGAAUAUGUACGCAAAGUGCGGAGAUCUUGUUUCAGCAAGGAGACUAUUCCUCAUAAUGCCCCACAAAGAUAAGUUCUCAUGUUCCUCCUUGAUUGCUGGGUACAAUCAAAGAGGUUACGUUAAUGAAUCCUUUCAAGUGUUCAAUGAAAUCCUUGUGAAUGCUUUGCACGUCGAUGCUUUCACGAUAUCAUCUUUACUUUGCCCUGUUGGUCCGUUGAACCAAUCCGGCAUUGGCACCCAACUGCAUGCCCAAAGUAUAAAGCGGGGAUUAGACUCAGAAGCCUGUGUGGGAAGUUCAUUGGUCAUGAUGUAUUCAAAAUGUGGAAGCAUUGAUGAGUGCUGCGCAGCAUUUAAACAAAUCAAGAGUCCUGAUCUUAUUAGCUGGACGGCCAUGGUUGUAAGCUAUGCCCAACAUGGGAAAGGAGUUGAGGCCUUACAAGUUUAUGAGCUUAUGAGGAAAUGUGACAUCAUGCCUGAUUCUAAGACAUUUAUUGGUCUUCUUUCUGCUUGUAGCCAUUCUGGUUUGCUAGAAGAAGGGUAUUUUUUCCUGAACUCAAUGAAAGAAGAUUACAGUAUAGAGCCUAAUAACCGACAUUAUGCUUGUAUGGUAGAUCUUCUUGGUCGAUCAGGUAGACUGAAAGAGGCUGAGAGGUUCAUUUAUCAAAUGCCUAUACAACCUGAUGCUUUGGUUUGGAAAACACUGCUUGCUGCUUGCAAGGUGCAUGGUGAAAUUCAUCUUGGGAAAGUAGUCGCUGAAAAAAUUACUAAAUCAGAGCCGUAUGAAGCUGGAACAUACAUUUCUUUGUCAAAUAUCCAGGCAGAUGUGGGCCAGUGGGAUGAAGUUUUGAAGCUCAGAAGUACGAUGAGAGGAACUGGUGUAGUGAAGGAUGCCGGAUGGAGUUAUUUUUGAAGCAUUUUGCUAUAGUUUUUCAUUCUCAGAGGCUGGUGCAUCUUAUCAAUAUUUAUUUUGAUUUCAUUUUUAUUUUUGUGCUUGUAUUCUUCAACACCUACCACUUUUUAUGCUAAAAGUUAUCUAGAUAUAAUUACAAAUAAUCAGAAAUAAGUUUCAGGUCUUGUUAAUAGUCGAUUAUUAAAUUUUCCAGAUUUAACUUCAAAUACUUGCUUUAAGAUUUAAUUUGAAAUACUUGCUUCAGAAAACUACAUCCUUAUUUGCCUUCAUUAAACCUCUUUCUCACCAUGUUGCUUCAUUUUAAGAAUUUUUAACCUAGUAGAGGAUAGAUAGCUGGUAAAAAGCUGUUCGUUUGGACUGUUGAAUGCCUGAUUUUCUGAGAGAAAGAAGUUUUCUUAAAUUGAAGAUCUCUCAUGCUUGGCCACCAUUCAUAGCUUUUCGUACUGGGGAAACCAAAAUAGGUUUGGUUAACUCCUCUGAAAUCUGAAUGGUGAUCUCCCUUCCCCAGUAACUGGAGAACCUCGACGUCCAACUAGGGACGAGGUCCUAACCAUUUCUUUCUGAUUUCCAUCAGCUUAGGUUAGGUUCGUUCUGCUUUGCCUUUUGCUGGAGCUGUUGAUGACUUGAUUUUGGUUGCAUGUGCAGUGAUUGUGAACAGAAAGAACCAGUGUGCCGCUCUUGCAGCCUUGUAGGUAAACCAGGAGCUGGAGAACCUUAAGGAUAAGAUGAACUGAUAUUUCCACCAUCUACAAUGAAAAGGUGGCCAAGCUAAGGAGGGACGCCCCAAGGGCACAUCUACUGAAGUUGUGGCGGGGCUCAAAAUGACCAAAGAGUUCAACUAGCCAAGGGAAGACUCAGGGGCUAGUCAGCUGGCUCACAUUGCCAGGGGCUGUGUGGCCACUGGCCACCUCUAAUGGUUAGCCUGUCCUGAAAAACUUCCAGGUCAGCUCAUAAGCAUGGCUAUGUUACCAUGCAUUGCCAUGAAUAAAUUGUUAAGCUGCUUAUACGUAUCCCAAGUUUGAUUGUGGAGGAUUCAUGGUCCUCACCUCUUGAAUUUGGAUUAACAGCUAUUGCCUUCUCAGCACAAAAAGAAUGUACAUGCUGAUAAAACCUUGAUGAGCUUGUAUCACCGAGAGUUCAAUAGACUAAUGAGGGUCCGAUUUCCUGAGUUUGAUGAUCCUAUUAGGCAAGCUGGGGAGCUCCUGUACUAGAUGGUUGUUACAAAUGUCCACAAAGUUGAGGCUCUUGCUGCAUGUCAGAUGCACAAAGUAUGCUGCCACUGCCGACUCAGAAGCUCGUCACAGAUUCAAAAGCUCAUCAUCUCCGAAAAGGUGUUGAUCAGUGGCAUGACUGCAACAUUGAAGUGGCUGCGACAUUCGAGCGGUCCCAACAGUAGAGGUGUUGCGCCGUGAUGGAAGCCCGUAUGACCUAGAGCAGGUGGAGGGAACUUGCUCGAUUUUGUCCAAAGUUUAAAAGGUCUUGUUGUAGUGGAUUCUCAGCGUGAAGAAACUUUCACAGAUGGGCGAGGCUCAUGCCAAUGGGGAUAAAAAGAGAGUUGUUUUUGUGACUGUUGGGACUACUUGUUUUGACGAUCUUGUUAAAGCGGUACAGUCCUCAAACUAGGAAAGAAUUGUUCAAGAAAGGCUUUACAGAUAUUAUCGUUCAAAUGGGUCGUGGAAACUAUGUUCCCUCAAAGGUAGACUGAAAGAGGCUGAGAGGUUGAGAGGUUCAUUUAUCAAAUGCCUAUACAACCUGAUGCCUUGGUCGAUCAGGUAGACUGAAAGAGGCUGAGUGGUUCAUUUAUCAAAUGCCUAUACAACCUGAUGCUUUGGUUUGGAAAACACUGCUUGCUGCUUGCAAGGUGCAUGGUGAAAUUCAUCUUGGGAAAGUAGCCGCUGAAAAAAUUACUAAAUUAGAGCCAUAUGAAGAUGGAACAUACGUUUCUUUGUCAAAUAUCCAGGCAGAUGUGGGCUAGUGGUACAAAGUCUUGAAACUCAGAAGUACGAUGAGAGGAACUGGUGUAGUGAAGGAUGCCGGAUGGAGUUAUUUUUGAAGCAUUUUGCUAUAGUUUUUCAUUCUCAGAGGCUAUUUUGUGUUUUUAUUCUUCAACACCGACCACUUUUAUGCUAGAAGUUAUCUAGCUAUAAUUACAAAGAGUCUGAAAUACGUUUCAGGUCUUUUUAAUAGUCAGUUAUUAAAUUUUCCAAAUUUAAUUUGAAA